AACAUUACUCCUCUUUUUCUUUUCUGGUGAGGAAAAAGAGAGAAAGAGGAGGGAGGCUGAAAAGGGAAACUAGUGGGUGUAGUCGGGGUGGGAUGUUGUCUUUAGCGCUUCUGUCGUCACCACAGCGUUAUAAAUCCACGGACCGUGACCGUGACCCCCACACACUCGACCACCGCCGCCGUUCCACCAUUCCUGGAUUAAGACACGUUCCCCUUUCAGUGCUGCCAGGCUGAUCGUUUGUCGGAGAUGGCCACAGAUAAUUUGGAAAUGAACGGCGACGCCGACCGGAACGGCGAGGCGGAGGUUCCACUGCAUGACAACCAGAUGAGGCCAAGGAGACCCAUGAACAUGAACCAUUAUGCCAAUAAGAAGAGCGUGGCACAGAGCAUGCUGGAUGUGGCUCUGCUCAUGGCCAAUGCCUCGCAGUUGAAGGCCGUGCUGGAGCAAGGCCCAGCCUUCUCCUUUUACACACCGCUCAUCAUUCUCAUCAGCAUCUCCCUCAUCCUGCAAAUCUUAGUGGGAAUUCUGCUCAUUUUCAUCGUGAAGUGGAACCUGAAUGAUGAACGCAUGCACUACAGGUUGAACGUCAUGGAGAAUAUGGCCACAGCCUUCGUGUUUGUCAUUGUCGUGGUCAAUGUCUUCAUCACAGCCUUCGGCGUCCAGAGGCCCAACGUCAAUAAAUGACCUCAAACAAUUGACCAUUUAUCGUCUAUCUGGCCGGUGGAUUUACCAGAAAUACAUUUGCACUCACGGACAACCUAUUUACUCUGCCUACAAACUGUCUGGCAAACGCACACACAGAAGCGUUUGUUCUGGAAUUUGACCUCGCAGGCUCGAGGAGAGCAAAUGUACGCCGAGGAUCAAAUGACUCGGUCAGGUGAACACAAUCCACCUUACAAUGACUGUGUUGGUUUUCUAACUGUGGUCAGUAUUGAGUUUUACUGCUGUGUUUUUAUUUUUAAAUAAACUUUUUUUUUUUUUUCAUUAUUAAUAUCAUGCUCAGGUCACUGUGACUAAACAACUGCCUUUUCAUACAAACACUCUGUUAGUGUUACUGUUAAGCACUGGAUGUUUUUGAAAUUAGUGAGUGAUGCCAUCAUACAUCAUCCCAAACACGCUUCUAAGAGCUUUUGCCUGACUGCAUGUCUCAACUAAACUGAAAAUUUUUUUACACUUGAUGCUUCGUUUGUGGAAAAAAUAAUCCGUUUACUCUUUUAAGCAUCAACCAAGAGAUGGAGCUACUUAUUUUAUUGUAUACUGUAUGUGCUAUGGAACCACUACUGUGUAUUUAAUCUGAGUAAUGCAUAUUUUAGUUAAAGCCUUAAAGUGUCUGUUCUUUUAUUUGGAGUUUGUGUUUUUAUAGAAUUUUCUAAGCGCUAAAAUCUUUCAGCUUUUACUAUAUGACCUAAUACAUACUGUGACGACUAUUUUAAAUUAAAGAUAUGAUCAA